CGGAACUCCCGUGCUCUGAGAACAGCGAUGCCUCUUUAGUCGAUGAAUCGAUGCAUGUCGGGUGCCCGAUGGGAGAACUGCCGCCCAUGAAGAGGUCGGGAGGUCAGCUGAGCGACACCGCGGCGGACGGGUCGACCAAGCGCCGCAGAAGCGCCGGUCACGCUGACAGCACCAGCCCCGCGGCGCUGGGCAGAGCGAGUCGACAGAUCCUGGUCGGAAGCCCGCGCGAGCUCUUCCGCGAGGCCUUGGACCUCACGGGCAGGCUCCUGGAGAAAGGUCUUCGUGUCCUCUGGGUCUCCAGGCAGGUGCGGAGCCGCUGGGAGACCCUGCGGCGUCAGCUCUGCGAAGAAAGGUAUCCCAUGGCCAUCAGCCUUCAGCUUCAAGAUCUUCAAGGUGGUCAGCUUCAGCCCUUGCAGAUCACCCAUCCAAGCUGCUUGUUGUCGCAUCUCCUGCAAGGCCGCGAUCUGAACUUUCAUCUCAUCUUCGACAACUGCGGCUUCUCCUUCGUCACGGAAGCCUGUUUGGCCUUGCUCCGCCAGCCGCACUACCUCCUGCAGCCCUUCCCCGGCUCCGACGACGAGCACCACUGGCUGCGCGCUGCCUCCGCGGCCAGCAGCGCCCUGCGGGUGGUGUGGGCGUUGCGGCCGCGGAGGCUGGUGCCGCUGGCGCCUAGCUGCUCCAUACUGAGCGUGGUGGGUGAACUGUUGCGGAAGAAAAAUGAAGUGCUGGUGGUCACCGAGGAUACAGAGGAGGUCACAAGCCUCAAGAAGAAGUUGUCGAAGCUGAAGAGAAGUCCAUGUGGCCUGGAAACAGGGCUUGGCUCAGAGAUGUGGGUCUUGGACUGCGACAGCUUGCAGUUCGAGGCGCGACGCUUCAAAGUGAUCCUGGCGACCCAGGUCACCUCCACCCAGGCCUGGCACCAAAUUCUCGAUGCGCUCGAGGAUGACGGAGAACUUUUUGAAUACCAAUGCAGCCAGUCAGCUUCGGAGAUCGAGAAGCUCGAGCACCUCUUUGCUUGGCUGGAUAGAGAUCAAGAGAAGCGCUCGACGGAGGCGCCCGUACAGGCGCUGGUGGUCGAAGAGGACCGGUGUCGCAUCCCAGGCUGCCUGGCAGAUGCAUUGGUCACGCAGUUUUUUGGCCAUCCGAGACCUGUGUGGUGUCGGAUGGAAAGCGUUUCACCCGUGUUCGAGGCCGAGGCCUAUCACACGGAAAGCCAUUCCUGGCAGGUGUGUCCUUCCAAGUGGCGUUCGGAGAAGAUGGCUCGAAGGCAUGCGGCCUCGGAGAUUUUGAGAGGCUGGACGAAUGCAGGUGUCCAAGUGGCGGAGAAGUUGUUGGAGCUCUUCAAAGAGAACAUGACGUGUCCCUUCCUCUUGGAGUUUUACAUGACAUUGCGGCUGCCACCCCUCCAACCAGAGGUCGAGCUCUAUUCCUAUGCGCUCCGCCUAGAAGAUCAAUCCUUUGCGCCUUUGCUCAUCAUCUCUGCGGAAGACUGGGGCAAAAAGCGGACGCACUUCUUGGAGGAUGUGCCGGUACUUCUUGGGUCUAAGAUUCACCAGAAGAGCAUGGAGCUGGAUGUGCAGUUUGCAAAGAAGCUUCGCUUGUCACCAGGAGAUCUUUUAGCUUUGUGCACCUGGACUCGAAAGAUGUGGCGUGUUGUCUUUGACCCCUCCACCUGGCAUCAGGUGUGCCCCAGGGAACCCGCUUUCGUGGUGGCUCCAAGAUCGCCGAUGGGUGAAGUCGAUUUGGAGAAGAUGAACGAGUGGAUCAACCUGCCCGAGGACUGUAGCGCGUGUGACCUCAAGCUGAAGGCGCCUGCGCCCCGCACACCCGUGCCCCGCGGUGCCGCGCCGCCUCUGCCGCGCCCAGCAUGUGUGGCUCCCACGCCCGGGGUUGCGAGGGCGGGGCCCCUUCUUGCGCCGCAGGUCUUUGUUGACUUGGAGGCCGAGUUGUGGAGAGCUUUGAGGAGCCUUCCAGCGGUUCUGCUGCUUCAGAGCUUCUGCCACCACCUGGAUCGAGCCACCGAUGAGCUCCGGCGACGCGGGAGCUGCUGUCGUGAAGUGGAGGAUCCCUGUGCUGGCCUGGCGACCGCCUGGAAGUUCGUUAAGGAAGCGGCUUUCGACAUGAAGAAAAGCCAGCGGCUUCGGUGGUUGGGUGAAUUAGUCCUCAGCACGGCGCCGACCUGGACGUCUCUCUUUUCCUGCGCCAACGACAACGACGCGUCCUCCGCAGGGGGCCCGACCGGUGCGACCCAAGCGAGCUCUGGCGCUACCGCUCUGUGGGCAGCUGGGCGGUGUCAACUCGAACUGCCUGAGUGGUGGGGGCUCUUCACGGAGCCCGGCGGCUCGGCAGGCUCAGCAACGACGGCAAGCCGUCACCUGCAAGGAGCUUUGCUAGGUGCGCUGUGGCACUUGAGACAGGUGGAUUGGCAGCAGAAGCACUGCUGGUGGCGCCACUUGGCCCUUCUCAGUGGUGCAAAGCUGGGCGCUGAAGGUCUGCCGGACCUCACGUCUCUGACUUGCUGGAUCUCGCAAGAGUUGCAGGACGCCGGACGAUGCCUUCGCGGCGGCGCGGCCGACGGCGGUGCGACGCCGGUCGGGGCGUGGGACGCGCGUCUGGCGGCGCUCGGCAUGGCGGUGCUGAGGGCGCUGCUGGGACAGGAGCUCUUCGAUCGCUUCCCAAACUGGGGCGACGGUCACUUGUCGCGGCUGCUGGGGCGGCUCACGAGCAAAGCGUGGCUCUCCAGGAGAGCUGAGAGACUCUUCGAAAAGGAGUUGCCCGGUGGCUGGGAGAUGGACCUCUUGGAUGAUGAGGCGAGCUCAGACUGCGACUCCGGCCUGCGGCUGUGCGCUUUGGCCGGCACCAUACUGGUAGAUGCUCACGGGCAAGUGAUGUGUGUGAAGGAGGCCCUGCUGCCCUGGCUGUGGCCACCGGAGCACCUGCUGAUGGCCUGGGCGAUGUCCACUGGUGUUUGGGAGGAGGAGGAGCUGGGAGGAUUCUAUGUGAUUCCUCAUGACAGGUCUGAGCUGGUGAACUGCAGCUGUUCCGCGCAGUUCGGGGAGUCCAGCACUCCAAACCUCAUGGAGGAGAGUGAGGAGGAGCCCUUUGAGGUUCCCGCUUCUUUGAGACUCUUGGAGCCCUGGGCACCCGAGACUCAGUCCGAAGCGGACGUCCCGCCCGAAGCGGACCGCGCGCACGUCCCCGUUCCGGGCGCGCACCUGGAGGCCUUCUACCAGCGCUUCCGGUCAGCGAUGUUGGACGCGUAUUUUCUGCAGAAGAAGCAGGUGAAGGUGAUGAAGGAUGGCCGCUGGGUGACCUCCUACCUCCGCUUCCACCCCCAAAAGCAGCGGUUCGUGCUGCCCGAUGAUGAUGAGCCCAUCAGUGCCAGUGAGGUGCGGUUUGAGGAGGCCGUCAGCGAGGAGCCGGCAAAGAGCCUGGACUUCCGUGCGGAGAUGAGCGUGGGCGGCCCGCGCGGACAGACGCUCCUGGCGCUCGGCGUGGAGCGCAGCGCGCGGCAGCCGCGCUUCCAUCGGAAGUAUGGCAGCGAUCGCUUCUUGCGGGUUCGAUGGAAGCAAGAGAAUGGGGAGAGCAGCUGCAGUGCUCAACAGCUGAAGCAGUGGCUCAGGGGCUUUGCAUGGCUCGGUCGGUGGUGGGAGCUCUUGCGCCCCAACACCAAGUCCAAAGCGAAAUGCCACGGUGGGGUCUUUGUGAAUGACUCGGACUUCCAAGUGACCUUCUUUGCCGUGCGACCUUGCACCACAGAGGAAGAGGCCUGGUCUCCUGGCCAGCAGCUGGCCUCUUCUGUCGCUGCUAGCGCUGGCGGUCUCGUGCUGCCGUUCCCCCACGUGAGUGCCGCGGAAGCCCGGCAAUUCCACAUCCCCACAGAAACCACGUCCGGUUGCCCAGCGGAGUGCGAGCAACACUUCUUGUGCCGAGAAGGGAGAAAGGCACGGCCAGAACAGGAGCUUCUCAAGAAUCCCAGCAAGUACUGCAAGCGCCUGGACCUUGGAUUCAGCGAUGUGAUCCCCACCAUUGUCCUGCAAGCCUCUGAGAUCCACGAUAUAGAGGAUCUGCGGACGACCUCAAACGCCGUGGCCAGCGAUGGCUGCGGACGGAUUGGCUGGAAGUUGGCGGAACGAGUGGCGAAGCUGGUGGGUUUGGACUACGUUCCCUCUCUAUUCCAAGCGCGCUUGGGGUGCUGCAAGGGCUGCUGGCUCGUGGACUUUCGCAAGGAGUUCUGGUAUAGAGUGUACAACACACGAUCGAUGUAUAAGUGGAAGAUUGACUGGGCCUCCUCAGACGAGCUGCUCAGAACCUUUGAGGUGAAGGAUUACUCCAGGAAGACGGCCAGCAAGGGCUUGUUGAACACACAGCUCAUCGCCGUUCUGGAAGCUGGCGGCGUUCCGCUGCAGAUCUUUCAAGAGUUGCAGAAGGCGGAGCUCUGCAACUUCGAGGAGGAGAAAUUUGGCACCCCCGGCAUGCCACAAGCAGAUCCCAAGUCUGAAGGCAUCGCCCAGUUGGCCGUGCGGAUGUUCGACGCCGGCCUGGACCCGCGUCAGGAGCCCGCCGGUUGGGAUUCGCUGGUGCAGUACCACCUGGGCACGUUCCGACGCUUGAGGCAGGAGGCGCAUUACGGCUGCAGCGACAGCUGGCGCGCCAAGCUGGCGCCGGACUUCACACGGAAACUUUUAGAGUUCGAGGCCAUCUUCAAGCUCCCAGGCGGCGCCUACUUCGAAGGUGCGGCGCUCCUGAGCCGCUCGCCCUGCACGGCGCCCUGGGAUGUGCAGCGCUUCCGAUUUCUGGGGCAGGAGGAGAUCCUGGAGCGCUUCGGCACGCAGGGAUAUCCCUUCUUGCAUGAUGAUGUGAUCAUCCUCAGUAGCCAUGAGGAGUGCCGCUGUCCUCCAGCGGACUACCUGGCCGGUGGCGACUUCGAUGGCGACGACGCUCUGCUGCUGGGACAUGCCAAGUUGGUGGCGGCCUUUCAGCCGAGCAGAAAGGAUGACGUCGCCUGCCAGCUCGCGGCAGGGUUCGGAAAGAAGGCCAACGUGCCGGCCGAGCAUCUGGGCACCGUGCACUUGGAGGAGUCCUUUGAUUUACUUUGUGAAGUCGAGAAGAACGCCAUUUGCAAUGGCUUUCUGGUGGGGCAACUGGGGAAUCUCUGGUCCUACUUGGCGGACCAAAAAGGUGCGAAGGAGGAGAAGACCAUCCAGGUGGGUUUGCUCUUUCAACUGGCUUUGGAUGGGAAGCUCCCAGAAGAUCUGGACUUCAAGAAGAUUAAGGAUGCCUUGCAGAUCCAGGAGCCGGGCAUUCCCCAUUGGCAUCCCAAAGCGCAUAGUGCCCGGCACACACGGCACUCGGAGAGCAUUCUGGGAGAGCUCUACGAUGGGCUGGAGGAAGAGGAACAGAAGUUGAGGUGGCGGAACCAGUACGCAGGCGAAUUCUGCAAGAACAUCCAUCACAUCUGUGACGUCACCGCAGACUUUGACAAAGUCCCCGGCUUUCUGGACUUGGUGCAAAAGCACUUGGAGAAGGCCAGGAAGGAUUUCAGCAGCUACGUGAACUACUUGAGCCUUGGUGCAGCGUUUCCAACGCUCAACACCAUCAUAUUUUUGAAGAAAACAGCAAAACGGAGUUGCCGCCACCCACCCAAGCAGUCGUCUUGCUGUGCUGGUGACUUGGACUCUUUGAUUCGUUUCUUUUUUCAAGACGCGUCACACAAAGACAGUGCCACCUGUCGAAGCACCGGAAGCCCAGGAAGGGCGAACCACCGGAUCGAUCGGAAUACCUGGAGACCUGGAGACCUGGACCUGGACAGGCCUGGACACCAGGGUCGUCAGGUGCAUACAGACGUGCCACCUUUAUCCAAAAGCCUCCAUUUUCGGAGACUUCGAAAACAUCAACAAACACGUCAAGAACACAUCAAGAGUCGGGUGCCUGGACAUGAAGAAACACAGCAACGGAACCGCCCUGGCUGGAGGCUGGUCAUGGGUGUAUUAUACCAUGCCAUCGCAUCCACCUGGCACGUAUUUCUCUCCAACAGACCCAGGAAGGGCCGGCGCGACCCUGCUGCUUGCCGGCAAAAAGCCCGUGCCUACAUGGAGAUGACCUACCCAGCACAGGAGUUGAAAUACAUGGCCGUGGCCUUCCACCGUGCUGGCUUGGAGUUUCUACGCGAGUCCUUGAAUGGAUGCAUGUUUUACUGGCAGAAAGACAAGAUCCUGAUGCACUCGUGGGAUAUCUUCAAGGGCGAGCUUCUGCAAUGCUUGGCCACGCAAGGCUUUGCGAAGGCGCCCUACCCGAUGGAUCCCGGGGCACGGACCCAGCUCCAACGGAAGCGGCCGCGAUGAGGAUAAGCGCAGAUGUGGGAGAAUGUCGUGGCUGGAUGAGCAUGUGAGAUUUUGACGCCGAACACGACGCCUUAGUACAGAAGCCCAGGUGGAUUUGGCCACCUCCGAUGCCGAUUGGUCGUCCAGGAUAGCCAUCGGAAGUACCUGGACCAUCCGACCAUCUGGGUGUCCGGACGGCUGCAGAUCCCAGCCAGGACACUCAGAUGGUCGGAUGGUCCUUGCACAUCGCUCGGAGGAAGAAAUCAAGCCUGGCAGAAAAACAGAGCUGCAGAGCCGAGCCGUAAUUCACGGAUGGAGCGUAAGGGGCACAUAGGAGACUGAUCAAGCUAUGAGGACCACGAGGUCUGAUUUCUC